AAGUCAAUGAAAGAUGAUUAUUUUAAAAAAUCAGCAGCAUCCAUCAUUUAGUCAUCGUUAGCUACCUUAAAUUUGAUAAGUUUUCAUCAUUAUGAAAUUCUCAAAACAAACACAUCAGACCAAAAAAGUCAAACAGGUUGGUAUGUAGACACACACACAGCUCUCUUGUCUCUCUAUGUCUGCUAGAGGCCAAGAUAACACUGUUUAUUUUCACUCACUUGUUAGCAUUAUAGAUUUUUUCUUAUUUUUUUUUAGUUUAACGCCAAAGCAGUUCAACUGUUGGAGGAAGUAAAUUGUUUAUAUUCAAUCCCUAGACAGUGUAGCUGCUGAGUGCUGUGGAGGAAAUUAGUCAUGUUUUGUCUUCCAUAUAAGGAGAUGUACAUCUUAGUUGCUUGCAUGCACACAGCUGCUGCUUACACCUUCACAACUGGUCAGACUGGCUUGGUAACAUAUUGUCAAAAAAUAAGAAGCCAGUUUAGGGAAUAAAACUGUGCAGCAGUUCCUCAUCUUGGUCUCCUAGUUUCUUCCUUUAGUUGUGCUGCUGCUCUGUGACGGCUGAUGACUCUCUGCUACUAACUGGACAUUCUGCCAAUGAUUAAAGAUGAAAGCUGCUCUUGUGAUUGCUGUCCUUGUCCUGCUGGUCGCUGUCCUUGUUGUUCUUCUCUAUCCUGGUACGGAGGAGAACAACGAUUCUGUUCACAAUCAUGUUCCUCUGGAGGAAUUUGACACGGCCUCAAUUCCUGAAGGGGAAGAAAACAGGAACAUCGGAGAGACCAUAACCUACAAUCCUAAACCUUGUAUGAAGAAUCGUAACAACAACGCCUACAACAAGUUUGUUUCCAAACACGUUCUGAAGACGGUGUUUGACACUUCCUCACAUUCUGAAUGGAAAAAGUACCUGGAAAAAAACAAACUCUGUGACAGACCUCGGCAGUCCUUCGUUGAUAAAGGAGCUGAAAAUCUUUAUAUGAAAAUCUGCAAUGGCUUUGGGAAACGUCAAGACAUGAACUUGUGCACCAGUACCAGCCCAGUUCGGCUGCAUGAUCUCAAUGUCAGUACGAGUGAUUGCAGCAUUACUUAUCUUUAUAGCGGAGAUAAAUAUGUGACUGUCGCUUGUGACAAAGUCAACAACCGCUGCCGUCCUGUUCACUUUCAAAGCAGCCAAAACAGUGGGCCAGACAGCACAGCUCUGACCUGUAAGCCAUAAACUAAUCUCUGGUUUGACAUUUUUUUUGGUAAAAAUGCUGUUUUGCUUUGCUGUAUCUCUGUAUCCAACUUUAGUUCAGCCUAUUUCUGCUUUUAGUUUAGUUGAGUUUAUUUUAUAAACACAUCAGAGAUAUCACACAAUCAAUGAAAGAAAAUGUACAAUUUACAGUUUUCAAUAUUUCAGCGUUGAUGGUUUGAUUUUUAGACCUGAAAACUCAAAAACUAAUUUGUUUUGUAAAACAUCUGGGAGUUUUGUAGUCAUUUUGAAUUGAGAAGUUAUUCUUUCUUACCUAAUUAGAGUUGCCAUUAAAUUAAGUUAUUAGUCCAUAUGUCCAGAGCAUCAAGUCACCAUGACAACCAGCUAUUUACAUGGGACAACAGAAACGUGACUUAAAUUUAUCUACAUCUCUGAAUCACAUAGAUCCUAUACAUGAGAAAUACUUGAUAUACUUUGGGAUCCCUGAUAAAUAUAUAUGAAGUAACAAUCAUGACAAUAAAGUUUUAUAUUUUACAGCCAAAAAAUUCAACAUUUUCUAAGUGCUGUGAACGACUUUUUGUCUUUAAAUGAUCGUUUUGCUAAAGAUGUUUCCAAAGCUGUGCAGCACGUUGCUUUGU